GCCUUAAAAUGAGAAACAAACUCACCCCACCCCUCAAGACCCUUUAAAUAGCACUCCUUUGUGGUGUAAAUACAAUCAAUUCACUGUACGUAAGGAUAGAACAACAUAACUGCAAAGUUGGAGAGAGAGAUCAUAAUAUGGAGGGUGGUGUGAGUGUGGAAAAUGGAAAGGAAAACUGGAGAUACCCUCCUAUGUCUACGGAACUACAACGACAACCACCACUACCGCAAUCUGCGCCCAUGCGUAAGAUAGUCGCGGUAGCGUCAAUAGGCGCAGGGGUCCAAUUCGGUUGGGCACUCCAGUUUUCCCUCCUAACACCCUACGUCCAAUUCUUAGGAAUCCCACACAAGUGGGCCUCCUUCAUAUGGCUCUGUGGCCCCAUCUCCGGCAUGGUAGUCCAGCCCCUCGCCGGCCACUACAGCGACCAGUGCACCUCCAGAUUCGGCCGACGCCGCCCCUUCAUUGCCACCGCUGCCGCCCUCGUCGCGGUCUCCGUCAUCCUCAUCGGCUUCGCCGCCGAUAUCGGCCGGGCCUCCGGUGACCCUAUCGGCCACGGCGCCAAACCGCGCGCCAUCGUGAUCUUCGUGGUGGGGUUCUGGAUCCUUGACGUGGCCAACAACCUGCUGAUGUCACCCUGCCGGGCUUUCCUCUCCGACCUCUCAGGCCACAGCCAGCAGAAGAUGCGCAACGCCAACGCCUUCUUCUCGUUCUUCAGCGGCGUCGGAAGCGUACUCGGAUACGCCGCCGGUAGCUACUCGCGCCUCCACAACCUCUUCCCUUUCACCCUCACCACCGCUUGCGAUGCCUACUGCGCCAAUCUCAAAUCUUGCUUCUUAAUUUCCAUAACUCUCUUAAUCACUCUAACCGUAAUGGCUCUAUUUACGGUACGGGAAACCCCGAUUUCCAAACCCGACCCGAGUGUCAACGGGGAGAAGGGGACAAAAGCGGUGCCGUUUUUCGGGGAAUUAUUCAGUGCGCUGAAGGACUUCCCCAAGGCCAUGUGGAUCCUACUCCUGGUGACGUGUCUUGGUUCGCUCGCUUGGUUUGCUUUCCUCUUGUACGACACGGACUGGAUGGGGAGGGAGGUGUACGGCGGGGCCGUCGGAGAGAAGCUGUACGACGCCGGAGUUCACGCGGGGUCGUUGGGGCUGAUGCUGAGCUCGGCGGCGGCGGGAGUAACGUCACUGGCGGUGGUUUUCCUCGCUCGUGACGUCAGGGGCGGGAAUUGGAUUUGGGGAGGGAGUAAUAUCUUCCUGGCGGUUUGCUUUGCGAUGACGGUGUGGAUAACUAAAGCCGCCGAGUCAUUUCGGCGGCGUGAGGUUGCGAGUGGUGGUGGGCCGAAUGCUGGUGUUAAGGCGGCGGCGAUCACUCUCUUCGCAGUGUUGGGUAUUCCUCAAGCGAUAUUUUUUACCAUACCCUUUGCUCUCGCUGCCACUUACUCUACAACCGCUGGUAUAGGACAAGGUCUCUCAAUGGGAGUUCUGAAUAUUGCUGUAGUUAUACCGCAGUUGUUUGUGUCUCUAACAAGCGGACCAUGGGACCAGCUGUUCGGAGGUGGAAACUUGCCAUCAUUUGUGGUUGGAGCCAUUGCGGCUGCAAUUAGCGGGAUUUUUGCGCUUACCUUGCUCCCAUCUCCUCGUCCUGGCGAUGCACCUGUUAAAAUUGUUGUUGCGGCUUCCCAUUAGAAAUUUCUAGGUUUCAGAGUCUUGACAUGUUCUUUUUCCUUUUUCUUUUUUACCAGGUUACCUAGGUUGUAUGUGGAUCUUGAAUUUAUAAAAAUGUGUGAAGGAAAAGAUAAAAGAAAGAAAUAUGUGAAGCUUAUUUGUGC